AGCUUUCAAGUGGUGAGCACAGCCUUUGCUGUCAGAGAGCCUUCAUCCUUCCUCGGAGUCUCAAACGUGAUCAGUCCGCUUAUUAAUCUCUCUUUCAUGCCAUACAAGAAGAGGAAGCAACCAAGAAUUUAUAGUUAAUAAAAUCUGAGCAGUUUUAUCCUGUUCUCAUCUACUUCCACCUCCUCGUUUUAUUUUGAUGAGCAUCAUUCUCGACUGCUCAAGAGAAGCAGGUCAUCUGCACGGCAACGGCCUCAGGAGACAAUAACGCUACCUAGCCUGCAUAACCAUCCACAGGACUGCGCCGUUUCUGUGCACAUCCGCAGUGCGUGAGUGCACCGUGUGCACGUCGCAGCCCCCCACCGCAUUGUUUGUGCGUGCGUGAGGAGGCUAAUGCCCGCCGAAGUGUGGUCAGGGCCCGAGGAGGAUGAGUCCGGCUAUCGAGGCUCAGGCCCAGCGAGCCAAGGAUGCAGAGAUCCAGAAGCAGAAGAUGCAGCAGCAACAGCAGCACCCGCAGUGCUACAUGGACAAAGGGGUCAUACUUGAGCCCUUCAUCCACCAGGUGGGGGGGCAUUCCUGCGUCCUACGCUUUGGAGAGCAGACCAUCUGCAAGCCUCUCAUCCCCCGCGAGCAUCAGUUCUACAAGAGUCUACCUGCUGAGAUGAGAAGGUUCACUCCCCAGUACAGAGGUGUAGUGUCUGUAAGCUUUGAGGAGGAUGAAGAAGGGAACCUCUGCCUCAUCGCAUACCCCCUCCACAGCGACCCGGCGGCUGACUUGGAGAACAAGGACCCCUCGACCGAUAGCGAGCCAAAGAGCAAGAUGCUAAAGUGGGGCAAUGUCGUGACAUCCUCGCCGCUUGUGGAAAGUGAAAACCUCAGCAAAGAGGGACGAAGCCGCCACUCACGCAAAGACAAGAGUGUUCUCAAGCUACAGGAAGACAUGGAAUUGGAGUGGCUUCAGCAGGCUGAGGUUCUGUACUACCGCCUGGAGCGCAGCCACAGUAAUGCUGUCCCGCAGCUCAAACACAACCCUUGGAGCCUCAAGUGUCACCAGCAGCACCUGCAAAGGAUGAAGGACAACGCCAAGCACCGCAAUCAACACAAAUUUAUCCUGUUGGAGAACCUCACGUGGCAGCACACUGUGCCAUGCGUGUUGGACUUAAAGAUGGGCACGCGCCAGCACGGAGAUGACGCCUCAGAAGAGAAAAAGGCCGUUCAGAUCCGCAAGUGCCAGCAGAGCACUUCGGCGUCGAUAGGAGUUCGACUGUGCGGCAUGCAGGUGUAUCAGUCUGACACGGACCAACUGAUGUUCAUGAACAAGUACCACGGCCGUAAACUCACCCUGUCAGACUUCAAGGAAGCUUUGGUCCAGUUCUUCCAUAGUGGACGGCGCCUGCGUCACGAACUGCUGUCUCCGGUGCUGCGCCGGCUCCGGGACAUGCAGGCCGCUCUCGAGGCCUGCGAAUCAUACCGCUUCUACUCCAGCUCUCUACUCAUCAUCUACGAUGGAGCCCCCCACCGAAAGCACACGCGCCGACGCACCGAGGGCGGGCUCUCUGAAGAAGACGAAGAGGAAGAGGAUGAAGAGGAUGAUGUUGCGGAAGCAGAAGCGGAUGAGGAGGAAGACAUAGGGGUAGCGGGUGCACUCGGUUUUCCCCAUGGUCCUUCCAUUUCUGCCGAGGACAGCAUCAGUUAUACCAGUAGCGGCAGCGGCUGCCCGUCCCGCAUGGCUCCACGCAGCCCAGUAGUGGAUGUGCGGAUGAUAGACUUUGCCCACACCACCUGCAGACAUUACCGCGAGGACAGCGUGGUCCAUGAGGGCCAGGAUACGGGAUACAUCUUUGGCCUGCAGAAUCUGAUCAACAUUAUCUCCGAGCUGGAGAACCACAGUUCGGGCUAGGUGCUCAAUGCUUUGGGAGAAGCUCGCCAGUCACCAAUGCUGUGUUCAGAAUCAUUCUCUAUCCAGAUGACUAUUUCGCAGUGCUAUUCAAAUAUGUAGUGAGAGUAUACUCAUGAAGGGUUUCUGAAUCUGAGCUAGGGCACAUAAUGUUAGCCUGAUAGCAUAACAAUCUAAGCAUUUUUGGAACAUUUCUGAAAACAAGGGGAAAGAAACGUAUUAAACAGGCGCUAAGGCGAUGUUCAUACUGCAGGUCUUAAUUCACAAUUCCGAAAUUUUAUCAUAUCUGUUUUUUUGGGAUGCCUGUUCAGACUGCCUUUGUCAAUUGAGCUCAUUCAAGUAUUAUGCAUGCGCAGUCAUUCGCAGUCCGACACAUGCGCAGAAACAUCAAAACAAGUAACUACACAUGCUGGCAUUCCAGGGUGAUCAUAUUUCGAUUUUCAAAAAGAGGACACAAAUAACACAAAUAAUGAUCCCCGUUUAGUCUUGUAUACAAAGUUUAUAUGGAUUGAUAGAACGCAUACACGCACUGUGCGUGCAUGACGCCCUGAGUCGGCCAUGUAAGCAAUAUUGAAAUAUUGCUCAUUUGGUGCACAGAAAGAAAAUCUAGCAUUAUCAGGCUUAUCCUUUUCUUGAUUUUAUUUUAUUUUUAUGACUGUGGUCAAGCCCGCCUCCUGUGUAAUAGCCGAAAUCAAGUUAGGCGCUAACACUAAUGCACAGCUACAUCGCUGCCAUCCUGCCUGCCACUCUUGCUCUUUACUGACGUAAUUGCCGCAUGAAUUUGGGAGACUUGACAGUUCAGAUCGCCGCAAAAUUCUGGGAAAUUUGGCACACAUCGGAUCUAAACCACAUACGAAAGUGACCCAGAUCGGAUAUGAGAUUGUCCAGUUCUAUGCGACUUGGCACAUUUAGACCAUCAAGACUUGAGUCGGAAAAACACGAAAAAUCGGAUUUGUGCAGUAUGAACCAAGAAGUAUGCAGUAUGCAGAAGUAAGCAGUAUGAACCAACCAUUCUUAUGAACUAAGAAUCCAGUUGCCUCGACCCAACAUUGGCAGAUUAUCAUGAUCUGGAUGACAGUAAAUCGUCAAACACAUAUAGAAAAUAACAUUUCUUUUGCAAUUAUAUUGGAAUUUUUAAUUGAUAUAUUGUGUAAGUAAAUUCAAAAUUACUUAAGUAAUACUGCUUUUUUGUGUAAUAUUUUAAGACCAAAAAAAGGCAUCAAUACAUAAGUUGCUUAUGUACCUUGCGCUAUCUAGUGGCGACCAUUUUAUUUCUUCGGCCUGUCAUCAUACAUCACUGGCAAGUGAGCAAAUUGGAUCAUUUUAAAUGGCACACACAAAUACGUGUAUGUUGUGCCCUCACCUAGUAGAAAUGAUUACGAAUACAGCAUAUGUCUGAACGUUCAAUGCUAACUGGACUACACUAGCAAGGUCCCCUUCUUGUUUGUUGGUGCUUCGCUAUGUUUUGUCCCGUUGUCCGUUGUUGGGUUUGCGUAACACAGCAGAUGUCGCAUUUGUCCUUGCGCUUUAACAAGACUCAAAAAAGGCGGACUUGCAAAAGAAUGCUAGAGAAUUGUUUCCAUUUCCAAAGAGAGCCUAAAGACUUUUGCACACAAACUGUACAUGCACUCAAACAGCUGUGGUGAGUGUGUGUCGAGACAAGCUUAUGAGUUCUACUGUAUUUGUAUGCAAAGAGAAGACUACAAAGACUAUAUUGAUAAAUAUCAGAGAAAGAAGUGAGAGACUUAUUUAUUUAUUAGACAAGUCCCAUUGAAUAAGCAAUUUCUUCAAAAGUAUAAAGGGAGAGUACUACAUUCCAUGUUAUUACAAUAAUGAUAUUCAUUAGUAUUGUUACAUGACAUGUUUGGAUACAUCAUUGUUGCAUAUCUGUUUGUUUGUUUUGUCGAUGGGAAAGAAUUAAAGUCUUUGGUUUGUGCUAA